CUGCCCAAGGCGAGGGCAAGACGCACACCAAGAGGAACCAGGGACGCGAGCGCACCAGUCUCCCCCACGCGUCUUUACGCGCGCCUUACGAGCGUGACUCUGCGGUCGGUGCGCAAUUAGUGUUCCUGUAGACGUUCACAGACGAUGCGCAGAAGACAAAAGUCUUGUGUACAGACAAGUGAAGACAAGACCAAGGGGUCUACUUAAAAUAGACAGAGUCACACAGCAGCGCUCACGAGGGGGAAUCCGUAAAGAAGAACCCAAGUUGAACCAGCAAAGUGAGUAGCGCGAUCUUCAAUCUAAACCAGGACGGCGAGAGUUUUUUUUAAAUAAUAAUUUUAUUUUACAAAGCAUUGUUUUGGAAAUCAACAAUGAAUCCUGGGGACGAGAACCUGCUGAAGGCGAUCAGCAACGACACGCUCCUCGACCUGACGCAGCGCUACGGCCAGUCCGCUUUCGGGUUCGGCGCUGGCCAUGGUGCUGCAGGGAGCCCCGGCCGCUACCCCCUGACGCCCGCCGCCGACUUCCUGUCAAGCCAGACCGCCAAGUCCAACGAGAGCGGCGGGGAGCAGACGAGCGAUGACGACGACGGCUUCGACCUGGAGUCGCGCAAGAGGGGCUCGGCGUUCGACGACGACGACAAGCACGGCGGACCCCUGGCCAAGAAGCCCAAGGAGCAGCGGUCCCUGCGGCUCAGCAUCAACGCGCGGGAGAGGAGACGGAUGCACGACCUGAACGACGCGCUGGACGGCCUGCGCUCCGUCAUCCCCUACGCGCACAGCCCCUCGGUGAGGAAGCUCUCUAAAAUUGCCACUCUACUACUGGCCAAGAACUAUAUCCUGAUGCAGGCGCAGGCCCUGGAGGAGAUGAGGCGGCUGGUUUCCUACCUGAACCAGGGACAGACUAUUACUUCCCCGAUCCCCGCCGCCCUGGCGCCCUUUGGACAGGCUGCAGUUUACCCUUUCUCGGGUUCGACAUUGGCCACCUGCGCUGAGAAGUGCACCACCACUUAUUCUGGGACACCGUCCAGUCUUUUCAAGCACUGCAACGACAAGCCUUGAUGUGAUACGAGGCUCAUAGCAGAACUUUUACCCGCGUUGCAUCUAUUGUCAGUCUCUCUCUCUUACACACACACACACACACACACACACACGCACACACGCACACACACAC